AAGUCCUCAUUCACCAAACAAAUCUCAAAGCGAGACUUGCAUACUUUAUGUAAUUGUACACGACACAGAAUCAAUUGCGCCAUGUUUGGAGUAUGUACAUAGAGUUGGUUUAAAUGAUUGCAAGAUAAGCGGGUUAGGGGCCACAGAGGAAGGGUACAUGGGAACUUUCCCGUGGGGGCUGUGAUCACAGUGAACAGGGAAAUAAAUCCUUGGGGACCUACAGGAUGAGGUUACUGAAUAACGCUACGGUAUGAAUCGUUUGAGGCCGGGCUGGAACUGGAGUAGGUGGAUGAUAACUGGAGGGAGGGAGGGAGAAAAGGGAGAGAGAAAAAAACACCAAAUAGGGACUGGUAGUUAGCCGACAGGAUCUGAACAGAAAAGUCUGCAUAUACCAUUGGUAAACCAUCGGAAACACAUUUAAAUUAAUAUUCCAAACGGUUACAAUGCCAUUUUUAGUAGCGAACGGGAACAAAUCGUCUGAUAGAAUAAUAAGCUGGAACGACAGUCCCGUUUUUUAGUUUACAAAUAGAUGACAGAAAAGUAAUAUAGUAUUGUAAGAGCGCAGGUGUCUUAAUUUAGCCAUUGUUUGGAUUGUGCCCCCAUCGGCAUUAAAACGAAGGAACGGUAGACAGACCACAGUCAGGGUCACCAUAGACGGCGCAGUCCUGAGCCUCCCCCCUGGCAUGGCUGCCUCACCCAGCCCUCCCCCCCGUGGGUGCGGCUCGGGCGUCAGCGCCCUGUACUACAACCUGUGCGACCUGGACGCGGUGUGGGGCGUGGUGGUGGAGGCCUUCGCCGCGGCGGGUGCAGUGAUGGCCUUCAUCCUGCUGGUGGUGCUGCUGGCCAGCGUGCCCUUCGCGACGGCGUCCGGACGCAGGAGCGCAGCGGGGCUGCAGGCGGGGCUGCUGGUCUGCACGCUGGGCCUGUUCGGCCUGGCCUUGGCCUUUGUGGUGGGCCGCGACUUCUCCGCGUGCGUGGCGCGCCGCUUCCUGUUCGGCGUGCUCUUCGCCGGCUGCUUCUCCUGCCUGCUGAUGCACGGCGUGAGCCUCAACGCGCUGUCCCGCCGCGGGCGCGGCUACCGGGGCUGGCAGCUGUGCCUGGGGGCGGCCGGGCUGUGGGCCGUGGAGGCCAUCGUCAACACGCUGUGGCUGGUGGUCACGGUGGCGCGCCACCCCGUCAGCUCCCCCGAUCUGCCCGUGCCCUGCGCCGUCUCCAACCCCGACUUCGCCAUGGCGCUCAUCUACGUCAUGGUGCUGCUGCUGGCCGUGCCCGUGGCGGCCGCCGCCUCGCUGGGGGGCGGGCGCGCGGAGUGGAGGCGGCCUGCCGCCUUCCUGCUGGUCACCGGCCUCCUCUCUCUGGGCAUCUGGGCGGCUUGGGUCGCCAUGUACGUCUACGGCAACGAGGCGCACGGAGAGCCGGGCUGGGACGACCCCACGCUGGCCGUCGCCCUGGUGGCCAACGCCUGGGUGUUCCUGGCGUUCUACGUCAUCCCCGAGGUAGCUGCCCUGUCGGGGGACGGCAAGGACCCACAGGCCCCGGCGGGAGACGCCUACCCCAGCGAAGCGGCGGGGUACGAGACCAUCCUGAGCGAGCAGAAGAACCAGAGCUCCCAGAACGUGUAUGUGGAGAACAAUGGUUUCACCAUGGAUGAGCCCAACACAGCAGGCCGGCCUGUGUCUCCUUACAGCGGCUACAACGGCCAGAUACGCAGAUGUGUGUACCAGCCCACCGAGCUGGCCCUCAUUACCAAGGGCCUGAGCAGUCGGAUGGACAUUCCCCAUGAAUCGGGGCCCCCCUGGGUCACCUCCGCCUCCCACCCCCAGGUCAGCAGGAGCCCCACAGCCCAGCCGGACGAGACACGCCCUGUCCCAGGACAGUCCUACGGAGACAGCGGGAACGGCUUGCGGGUGCGGCCUCUGUGGUGAAGCUGGCUCCAGGCCCCAGCUGUCCAGCACGGACGGCACUCCGUUUCCCCUCCCUUCAUUCUUCACCUUGUUCCGCGUUGUUAUCUCCACUGUGUGUGGACAUGGAUGGUGGUCAUUGAGCCCUGGGCAAAAUGAGAAAAUGGCUACCGGUUGGGUUGGGUGGGGGAGGAGGAAUAUCACGGUGACGAAAAAAUCUCCCCAGAGCCCCACCCCGACACAAGUAUACACCAUUGUACCAGAGGAAGUUGACCAAACUAUGGUAGUGUAAUAGGAACCAGUGUAGCAUACAUGACCAGGUAUACAAUAAUCUCACUAGAGGGUGAGGGAUUUCAUUGGUCAAGUUGAAGAGUAAAUUAGCAAACAUACGCGUACAGUACACACAGCGCACGGGAAAGGUCCCAGGGAGAACGCUGGGUGUUUACUUAAUAUGAAUGCAAACUCGGCCAAAAUCUAACCAAGGCUGAACAUAGCGCAGCAUACAAGCACGCGUUUGCUUAGUGCAGCUUCAAACUGCGUUUAGUGACACCCCACUCCAGUGGGGCACGCAGAUUCAGAUUAUGCGCUCGCGAUACCCAUGGGAAACACAGAAGCGGACACAUUUUCCCUACCAAACAAAGAACAGGACAAUGGCUUCCAUGACCUUCAGCAGAAGGAAGAGGCAGAUUAAAAGUCGCUUUAGUUUAUUUAUUGUUGCAAAAAAGAUUAGAAGAAAGUUGCAUGUCCGCCCACUCAGUCAGGCAAGGAGACAGGAUAGAGAGGGCUGUGCACACUGCAAACACGUCCUUUUAUGUCCAUUUAGUUUGUAUGAAGUAGACAAAUGAGCCAAAGUUAGUUACUGCAGCAAGUGGCUUAAGAGAAAGGAAAUUUGUUUCUUUGCUUUUAACCUUGUGGGCUCAAGGGUUUAAGAGAUAAAACCACCUUUCAGCAGAGCUUUCUCAAAUUUAAAGAUGAAUGUAUGUUUGUGUGGGCAUAUAUGCACACAUACAUAUACCAUAUGUACACCACGAUUGUAUAUGACAACACUUGACAAAAAGGUUUUUGCUUCAGCUUUUUAUUAUUAUUCAUAUAGUGUAUAUGUACAUAUGAGAAAUGCACUUUUCAAUAUAUUUAUUUUUUAAAGAAUGGUUUUGGAAUAGAUUCAUCCAUGCAAAGCAAGAUCUGAUUCCUUGAAGUUGAGCUUUAAGAUGGUUUGUCAAACUUGUGAAAAUGUUAAAUUGUUCAGAUAUAUACAAAAUGUAAGUUUACAUUUUUUGGAAAUAAUUUUAUGCUGCAAAACAAUUAUUGCAAUAUUUUGAAUGUAUGCAAAGACAAAGCAUGUUUGUAGAAUAUAUCACUUGUUAAUGACAAUACCCCAAAAUGGUAUCGUUCACUCAAUAAAAACUUCGCAUAUGUUGCACAAAACAAAAACGUGCAAAAAAAAAAGGUGUACUGUGUACGAUGUGUAAACAUGAAAACUCGUGCAAUACAAUACAAUACUUAUAUGAAGCCUACUGUGUAACAAGCCCUGGACGUAUCUCUUCUGCUGUCGCUAGGCAACCACACUCAGUUCCAGUCAAUGGUUUUUGCUAAUGUUCUAAUGUAAUGGUGUUAACGGCAUUACGGAAUUGAUUUCACUGGAAAGUUACGCGUGGUUUUCAAACAGUGGAUGAAUGUAGGGCACUGGUUUAGCUAAUUUAAAAAGUGAGAGUGACAUAACGAAACAAGACUUUUAAUAAAUUGUAUGUUGAUGGCACUUA